AUGAAAAUAGAAGGCAAUUUGUGGACAACAGAAUUUCAUUUGUCCUUCCAUGUUUUAGACCCAGAGCACCCGGAGGACAAAGAGGGCAAGGAUGACCCAGACAGCGCUCCUACAACAGGCCUGAUGAACGAUCCGCCUUUGACUGUGGAUAGAAAUUAUGUCAAACUUGGCAAGGUGGCCAUGGGCUUUAGGUUUGAUGGCGACCUCUUCGACCGAUACUGGACUUGUCACUUUCUAGACAGCAAUCCACAAGAACACUGGUCAGAAGAGAAAGUCAACAAGCAGGUUAAGCAAAUACUUCAGAAUCUAGAGCCCCCCGAAAGACAUGUCCUCAAUUUAUCGAACGAAAGGAAGGCCCCUUGGCGUCAGCGAAGAGUUCUUGAGCUGCUUUUGUUUCAAAGGAUGAUUGAUCAGAUGAAGGACUACACACUCAAGAUCCUUGAAAAGGUAAAAUCCGACGUUUGGAAGAACACAUCAGAAAUUGAACCCCAGCACAUGACUUCACCAUUCGACGAAGACGAGGCUACGUUUGAGGGUCUGGACUUCGAUACUUUCCAAAAGACCAGCGACCGCUGUCAGCGUUAUGAGCGAAUGCUACAGAAGGUCGACCAGGAUAUGACAGAGAACUUUGCCAAGAUUGAGCUGUGGCUUAACCGGGAACAUGAACGUCGGACCGAGCGGCCACGAUGGACCUUCAAUGACGAAAUCAGGUAUCGCAGUAUUAUCUCCAAAUUGAACGUCCAAAACGACCACACGUUGCAGGAUCUACGGCGCAGCCACACGAGCAUAUCUAGCUACAACGAAAGCCUGACCAGAAGACUUGAGAGUCUCCGAAACGAUCUCGAGCAGCGCCGUGCAGAUGACAUUAAACGAUUUACGUACGUCACUGUUGUAUUCCUACCCCUUGGUUUCGCUACCGGUAUAUUCAGUAUGAGUAAUGCACCCGCUGGUCAUACACUGUGGAAGAUGGUAGUCACAGCCUUCACGGCUCUGGCUACGACUUUCAUACUACUGUUGCUCUCGGAGAGGUUGGAGGAAGGCGCUAAGUUGGUUAUCAAGACAUACCCCGAAUGGGUUUUGUGGCCUUGGAACAAGAUUAAGAAACUGGGCGAUAGAACUGCCAAGGAAACACACAAAGAGGCGGAACAACAAAACGAAGGACAUGCCAGAGAAGAAGCUGGAAACCGGGAGUCCGGGAGUCAGAGGAGAGGAAAUGGAGCUAGUAGUAUGGUUUAA